AAACCUGAUGUUACUUACAAUGACGUUGGUGGCUGCAAGGAGCAGAUUGAGAAGAUGCGGGAGGUUGUUGAACUGCCAAUGCUUCACCCAGAGAAGUUUGUGAAGCUUGGAAUAGAUCCUCCCAAGGGAGUUCUCUGCUAUGGUCCUCCUGGUACCGGUAAAACCCUGUUGGCUAGAGCUGUUGCCAACAGAACCGAUGCUUGCUUUAUCAGGGUUAUCGGCAGUGAGCUUGUUCAGAAGUAUGUCGGUGAAGGAGCUAGGAUGGUUCGUGAACUGUUUCAGAUGGCACGGUCCAAAAAAGCUUGCAUUGUGUUCUUUGAUGAAGUUGAUGCCAUCGGUGGUGCAAGAUUUGACGACGGUGUAGGAGGUGAUAACGAAGUCCAACGUACUAUGCUUGAGAUUGUGAAUCAGCUUGAUGGGUUCGACGCACGUGGUAACAUCAAGGUUCUUAUGGCAACGAAUAGGCCUGACACGCUGGACCCUGCUCUUUUACGUCCUGGACGUCUUGAUCGUAAGGUUGAGUUUGGUUUGCCUGACCUGGAGAGCAGAACUCAGAUCUUCAAGAUUCACACAAGAACCAUGAACUGCGAGAGAGACAUCCGUUUUGAACUCCUUGCUCGCCUCUGCCCAAACUCAACCGGAGCUGAUAUCAGGAGUGUGUGCACUGAAGCUGGAAUGUAUGCAAUCAGAGCUAGGAGAAAGACAGUGACUGAGAAAGACUUUUUGGAUGCAGUGAACAAAGUCAUCAAGGGUUAUCAGAAGUUCAGUGCUACUCCCAAGUACAUGGUCUACAACUAGUGUGAGAGUGAGAGAACUCGAACAUUGUGUGUCCUUUUCUUUCUAUUUUGCAAGAAUCGUUUUGUUUAAUCCAGUUAUAUGUUUAAUACUUUCUCACUCAA